AUGUCGCUGAAUGCAGCUGUCACUGGAAGUCAUGCGGAGCUCCCUCAUCAACAGGGUAUGAGCCCAACCUCUACGCCGCUUCUGGAAGGUGAGUCGCGGGGGCCGAAUUACGGCACGCAGACCGCCGAUCCUCUGCGUGAACUCCAACAUGAGGCGGUUGAUGGUUUCUUUAAGGACUUUGAGGUGUUGUACGAUGCACCUGGAAAUGAGCCUGAGGAGGAGGACGACUACCACGUGAAGUACCUACGGGCUGGCGAGAUACAGUAUGUGGAGAAGGUCGCCCAGGACCUGUACGAGGAGGAGAAGUAUGCCGACGAGGAUGUGGCUAGGUUGCUGGCAUUGGUUGCUGGAACAUGUGGAAGUUUGAAGGUUCCUCGAGCCCCCGGUGGAAAAGGUAUGAUUCUGGGCGCCUAUGUGCAUGGAGGCUCGUUCGGGGUCACAAGGUAUGGGCGAGAUCUUCCUUGGGUGGCCCGGUACUUCAAUCACUUCUUGAGAGGCAAACUUCACAGUUUGUGGCCCUCCAUGAAAUGUUCGUGGACUACAAUAGCCCUUCAGGCGGCAGAAGAGAUUCCGAAGCACAAGGACGGCCACAACCAGCGCGGGACUUACAACUAUGUGAUUGAACUCAAGACUGAGUCUGCGGAAGGGCUUUGGGUGCAGAACAAGGGCUAUGAGCGUCAGGUUGUGGGAGGGACCAAUACGGAGGACUACCAGUAUGAGGGCAUAGAUGGAAAAACCUAUGAAGGGUGUUUGGUGGAUGUGACUUCCCAGCCUGCGGUGUUUGAUCCGUUGGUCCCUCAUGCCUAUGUCAAGGGUGAUCGUGCGGCUGGUGACGUGAAGGUGGCCACCGUUGGCGACUGUGAGGCGACUGUUUGGGACUGGGGCAUCUAUGUGGAAGCACCCCCUGAGGAGGAGGUAUCGACGAUGUCUUCAAGCCAGGCUGUGUUUUUGCGCAAGGUCUGUGGGUCAGAUGAUCCGGGUACGGAGCUAUUGAAUCGUGUCUCCGCUCCAAAUGUAUUUGAGGAGGAGGACGCCGACUUCAUGUACCAGAAUGACCUGGUUGAGAGUGCGGAUUAUUGGGCUUCGCUGGGCUUGUUUGAUGGCCCACAAGUUGCAAAGCUGGAACCAGAGUAUGUGGACGGCAUUGAGGAUAUCAUUGCCAAUGCUGUGAAUACUUGUACGGCUCUCCGGCACACCUACAACGUGAGCCCCCGUGAAGCGAAAGCUGCCAUCCAUAGCUGGAAGGCAGCGAUUGCUAAGGAAGUUGGUGUUGUGGAGCGCGGCUUCAAGAGAAUCAGCGUCAGCGACCUUCCCAGUUUGAAGCAGAAAGGGACUGUUCAGGAGCUACCUUCGAAGCUUGUGUACACAGUGAAGCCUCCGUCGGAGGAGGCACUACAAGGGGCGGAACCUCAGUACUGUAAGCGAAAGGCUCGCAUUGUGUGCUGCGGCAACUACGCUUCGGAAGAUCCAGGUGAUCUUUAUGCAGGAGGAGCUGCUGCGGAAAGCUUGCGUUGCGCCUUGACCUACACAGCGAGCAGACGAUGGCGAUCCGGCAUCACCGACAUCACGGGCGCCUUCAUGCUCACACCGUUGCCGGGUGGUCCCGGCCAGGUUACCUACGUCAUUCGGCCCCCUGCCGUACUCGUUCAGCUUGGGCUAGCUGAAGAGGAUGAACGCUGGCUACUCACUCAUGGGAUGUAUGGGCUUCGUCAGAGCCCCAAGCUCUGGUCAGCUUUUCGGGAUGAGGAAAUGCAGAAGAUCAGUGUUGAUAGCCAGGAGAAGAAAUGGACGCUCAAGAAGGGCAUCGCGGAGCCGAACAUGUGGUUGUUGUACGAAGUUGGGGCUCCUGCAGAUCAACCUCCUGAUGGUUUGAUUUUGGUGUACGUCGAUGACAUGUUGGUAUCGGGUCCUUUGUGGCUGGUUCAUGGGGUCUCAACUGCCAUUCGGGCGGUUUGGAAGGCAUCUGAUUUGGAGCUGCUGGACCCGGACCAUGAAAUACGGUUCCUGGGAUGCGAGAUUGCAGUGAAUGAGGAUUACGAUGCGAUCUACGUUCACCAGAAGCCCUACAUCGACGAGAUCCUACGCCAUCACGGUACCACCGAGACGGAGCAGUCCUACAUACAAGCACCAAAGGAGUGGGUCUCCUUUGAAGCUGCAGAGGGUGAGAGUGCAGGCACCGAGGACGAGGUGAAGCAGGCCCAGAGGGCCUGCGGUGAACUGCUGUGGUUGGCGCAGCGGAGCAGGCCUGAUAUAGCCUACGUGGUUUGUGCUAUGGGAUCGUUGUUGACCAGAGCAGCUCCGCGGUGCUUGUUGAUAGCACAACGACUUCGCUCCUACUUGCAGCGCACAAAGAACUUGGCUUUGGCGCUUCAUCCCACUGGAGAAGACCUGACGGUCUUCACCGACAGCUCGUUCGCUCCUAGUGGAUCGAAGAGCCACUCGGGUUUGGUUGCGGUUUGGCUUGGGGCCCCGGUGUGUUGGAGGUCAGCGAGACAGCCGUUUACGUGCUUGAGUACGGCUGAAUGUGAGCUGCUGGCUGCGACAGAGGGCUUGGUCAUGGGAAAGAGUAUAGAAUCGGUCAUCAACCAGAUGCAGAAGACCGAGCGGAUCCUGUUGAAGAUCGAUAACCAGGCGGCGAUCACUAUCGCCAAGCCGUCCUCUUCGACCUCUUGGAGGACCCGACAUCUACGUGUUCGGGCAGCCUACAUUCAUGAACAAAUCCAGUGUGGACAAGUAGUGGUGUCCUACGUCCAGGGGAAACAUCAAUGGGCAGAUCUUCUGACGAAGUCAUUUCCCCGUCAGCGCCUCGAGGAGUUGGUUGGUUUAUGGGGAUUCAUUGACCUUGUGGCUGAGGCGACCAAAAGAUCUAUGGUGAAGAUGAUGGUGUUUUGCAUGAUGAUUCAGACAACGCGCGCCGAUGGAGAUGAUGAACCGUUGGCGUUGACGACUUCAAUGGAGCUCUACAUCAUGGUGAUCUUGAUGGGAAUUGCGGUGGUGGCUUUAUGGGAGUUGCUAUGGUGGUGUGUUGAUCACUGCUGUGGCGAAGUACAUCGCGGAAAGGCGAUCCACAUCACCCCCGUUGGGGGAGCAGUCGUCUACUACUUCGACGGCGAGGACCCCGUUGGCCUCUCCGUCUACUACAAGUACACCUUUGGCCUCACCGUCUACGGCAAGAACACCUUUGGCAUCACCGUCUACGGCAAGGAUUCCCCAGCCCUCAUCGAUGGUGCCUACAACUUCCGAAGCCGCGUGUUCAGCUACCCCAGCCGUUCCAAGCGGCAUGCCGAUUCAUAG